GUGUUGGUUCGAGGGCCAAGAAGGGAAAGAGUGUAUUGUCUCUAGUUACCAAACUGCCCCAGUCCCUGGGUCAGGAGAGGUGGUUGGAAAGAGAAUGUAGGCCUGACUGGACCGCCCAGGAGUGGCCAAAAUAGGCCCUCCUUGCCUCCAUUGGAGCUAGUGGCCUUUGGGGGCUGUGUGUGUGUGUGUGUGUGUGUGUGUGUGUUGACUGAACAAACUUUUUGCACGUCGACGCUGCCAACCACCUAACUGCCGUUAGAGUCCAGUUAGAAGCUGGGGUGGGGGCACCUCAGGGUCCCCGGCCCUCCGGUCUGGGGGAGGAUGUCUCAUUUUUGUUGAUUUUGUUUGCAUGGCACUCAGAAACGUAAUGACCCUUGUAAGCCCCGCUCUAGGUUCAUGGUGUGAGUUGCGUUGGUAUUUCUGUGCGGAGAAAACGUCGUGUAACCUCAGUUUUGCUUCCUAGAAUGACAUCAAGAAUAUUUUCUAAAGGGCCCGCGAUAUCCGGCUUCAAGCCCAAGAUUUGGAAACAAAGCAGAGGCAGUCCCUGCCCUUAUGUUUCCCCAUUUUUAUUUCUUUAAGUGAUAUUUGGAAAUUUGUUUACCUCAGUAUGAUUUGCGGUGUUACUUAGUUGUUUCCUCACUGGAUAAUGAAUUUAGGAGCAGAGAUUACCUUAUUUAGGUUUAGUCAGACAACUUCAUUUGUAAAUUUGGAGUGCUAAAGACAAAGUUACAAAUUUUAAUAUUGAAGGAAAUGAAGAGAAACCUAAAUGAAAAUUCAACUCGAAGUACAGCAGGCUGUUUGCCUGUACCAUUGUUCAAUCAGAAAAAGAGGAAUAGACAGCCAUUAACCUCUAAUCCACUUACAAAUGAUCCAAGUAUCAGUACUGCUUCUGACAGUUAUGACUUCCCUCCUUUACCAACAGAUUGGGCCUGGGAAGCUGUGAAUCCAGAGUUGCCUCCUUUAGUGAAAACACUGAACACAGGGCAAAUGCCACAUUCAGUUUCUCCUCCCCUGAGAAGUCAAGAUUCUAUGUCUAAGUCUAUUCAAUCAAAUACUGAAAGAAGCAAGAGUGGUUGGAGCUACAGAGAUGACAACAAAAAUACUAGCUGGAAAACUUGGGAUAGAAAUGAUUUUAGGCCUCAAUGUGAAAGGACAAACUUCGUGGCAAAUGAUGGAAUAAAUUCUUGUCCAAGGAGUUGGGGAGCUCAACAACAGAAACAGUUGAAAAUAUCCGAACCUCCUAACUCAUCUCAUCAAAGAGAAACUGAAGUACUCAGACAAACACAUUCAUCAAAAAUACCUGGCUCCACAAUGAGAGGUCUAGACAAAAACAGUGCAUUACAGGCAUUUAAGUCUAAUUUUCAACAAAACCAAUUUAAGAAGAAAAUGUUGGAUUAUAUUCCAGAAGAAAGCACUCUCAAGGAAGACUCAUUGUAUCAGUUAAAGCUUAAGGAAAAAGAUAAUUCUUUAAGAAUUAUAUCUGCAGUUAUUGAAAGCAUGAAGUACUGGUGUGAACAUGCACAGAAAACUGUACUUCUUUUUGAAAUAUUGGCUGUUCUUGAUUCAGCUGUUACACCUGGUCCGUAUUAUUCAAAGACUUUCCUUAUGAGAGACGGGAAAAAUACUCUGCCUUGUGUAUUUUACGAAAUCGAUCGUGAACUUCCAAGACUGAUUAGAGGCCGAGUUCAUAGGUGUGUUGGAAAUUAUGACCAGAAAAAGAAUAUUUUCAAAUGUGUUUCUGUCAGACCAGCAUCUGUUUCUGAACAAAAAACUUUCCAAGCAUUUGUUAAAAUUGCAGAUGCUGAGAUGAGGUAUUAUACUAAUAUAAUGAGUGAAAUUUAAAUAGUGAUGAAGGAAGUUUAAAUAGUAUAAUUUAAAGCAUUUUUGUUAUUAAGUUAUCAUCUCCAUGGUUUUAUAGCUACUGUUUUUCUGUAUUUCAUUUGUUGAAUUAAAAUAUUUCAGUCCUUUUAAA